CGGCAAAAGGACUUUUUAAGAAGGUAUGUGUGGGUUAUUCAUGAUGUGAUGAGUUCAUGGGUUUCUUUUCUUUCUCUCGGUCUGCUUUUAUGGUUGUUUACGAGUCAGCAUGAGCGCUUCAACGCCUCUGGGUUUGCAUGGGAUGGGCGUAGCAUUUAACAUAUACCACCGGUCUUAUUUAACCAGGAACUGGAAUGGCGCAUGGUUCAACAGCGAAGGGAGGGUUUAUUUGGCAUUUGCAUCUCGGCAUAUCUUCAACCAGCACAGCGCGGCGCAGGUUUCAACAGAACUGGUCUUCAACUAGAUGUGGGUCGUGGUCUUUAACAGCACGGCCUUGUUCA